AAAACUCUCUCUCUCUCUCUCUCUCUCUCCCUCUCUAUCUUCCCUUCCCCUCUUCCUUUGGCGUGGCUUUUGGCUUUCAUUACCUCUUUCUCUCUCUCUCUCUUUCCCAGCCAGCAUCAAACACCCAUCAAUGAACAUGUCUGCUCAUCUCUUUCCUUCUCUUUUAUAUGCUUAUGGUGAGAGCAAAAGGACAAGAGAUCCAGUCUGUUUUGUCUUGGUUUCUCUUCCUCAUAACCAUAAUCAUUCUUUCUUCCGUUAAUAUCCCACUUUCUUUCUCUUUAAACCAGCUUUUUAAGUACAGUUUUUGAAGCAGCAGACAACAAAUCAUUCCAAACUCACUGUUUGAUAUUCUUCUUGUCUAUUUCUAAGUGUGUGAUUUCUAUAAAGAGAGAUAUGGACAAAUGGGAGAAACCAGUAAGAGAAGAUCGCUUUCGACGCAACCAUAGGGAACCUUCUUUCUCUUCCACUCUUCUUGAUGCAAUUUACCGUUCCAUAGAUGAAUCCAAAGAUAAAGGAGAGGAAGAGCUGAUUUUCUACAGAGAAACUAUGAGGAAGAAGCAUGGAAAUGGUUUCAAAGAAGUUGGUAAAGAAGAAAGGAUUGCAACUCUGCAAAAAGCAUGCAUGAUAGACAAAUGGAUGGAGGAAAAAGUAAGCUAUGAAAAGGUUGCAGUUCGGAGAAAAUCCAUGGCAGAUUUCGACAAAAAUACUCGAAAAGAUUUCAAUCCUAAACCACCUCCUGUUUUACUCAACUCCAGCUCUAGUUCCUCAGAAUCUAGCUGUGGAGGUGGGUUUUCUUCCUCAGAAUCUGAAUCUACUUAUGGUCUCACCUCAUCAAGAUCAUCAUCAACUUACGCCAUGCAAAGGCCUAAGCCUAUUCGAACCAGCGUUUCUGCACGGCCGGAGAGAUACGAAAGACCUGCAGAUGAAUUAAUUGCUAUGUAUCAUCAUGAGAGAAAUUAUUCAAAUUAUGCGCCAACACAAAAGCCAAAACACGAAGGCAGCUUUGUGAAGACGAAAUCCAGAGCCUUAAAAAUUUAUGCUGAUCUCAAGAAGGUAAAGCAGCCUAUUUCACCUGGAGGUCGGCUUGCAAGCUUUCUCAACUCUCUUUUCACUUCGGGAAAUGCUAAGAAAGCCAAGAUUUCAUCUUCGUCGUCGGGGUAUGAGGAAAGAAAGAUAAAGUCUGAGCAGACAUCGACAUGCUCUUCAGCUUCUUCAUUUUCAAGGUCUUGCUUAAGCAAGACCCCUUCCUCUAGAGUGAAUAAAUUGAGCAAUGGAACAAAAAGGUCAGUAAGGUUUUACCCAGUUAGUGUGAUUGUGGAUGAGGAUUCUAGACCUUGUGGACAGAAAAUUCUCUAUGGAAAUCAUGAAGAGACUCUAGUGGCAGUCACUGCUACUAGAAAUCUCACAAAUGAAGAGCUCAAGUUCCAUGUCAUGAACGAAAGUCGCAGAGUUGAGGAAGCUGCAACGGAUCUCUUAAAGAAUUAUCAGAAGAAGAAGCAAGAGCAGUUUUCUGCGGGAGAUCAUCUUUGCAAUGGCAAUGGAGAAUCUAGUGAUGAUGAAGAAGAUGCAGCAAGUUGUGCAAGUUCUGAUUUGUUUGAAUUGGAUAAUCUUUCUGCUAUUGGGAUUGAAAGGUAUCGUGAAGAAUUGCCUGUGUAUGAAACAACCCAUCUUGAUAAAAAUCGAGCCAUUGCAAAUGGCUUAAUUCUGUAAUUCCCAGAAAAAAAAAAUUAAUUAUCUUUAUUAAUGAAUUGUGCGGGGGUUUACAUCAGAGAAUAAGAUUUCUCAUCUUUCUUUA